AUCUGGAACCACAGCAACAGCUCAAAUUCUCAUAGAUUCCACGGAAUAUUCAAUACCAGAACUCAAUAUGAACUUCUACAAGGUCUUCAUCUUCGUUGCGCUCAUCUUGACCAUCAGUUUGGGUCAAUCCGAGGCUGGUUGGUUGAAGAAGAUUGGCAAGAAACUUGAACGCGUUGGCCAGCACACUCGGGAUGCUACCAUCCAGGGAUUGGGCAUUGCCCAACAGGCUGCGAAUGUGGCCGCCACGGCCAGGGGCUAACCCAUUGAAGCAUGCGGUUUUAUUUAUUUAUUAAUAACAAUUAAAUGUAAUUAAUGAUAAGGCAACAAAAAUAAUAGAAAUCUAAC